UCUCGGUGGAUUUCCAUGAAAACGAGGCCGAGUCCAGCUUUGUCAGCCAUUUUGUUUUCUAUUCAACUUCAAACUCUGUGUUUACAUUCAGCAUAGAAGACUGUUUCUUUAUAUUUUGUAAAAGACGCUUGGCUAAAAAAAAUUGGGUAGUUCAUGCUACACCAUGGCAAUGCUUGCUCCCGUAAGCCAGCCACAACCGCCAUCAGGAAAAAGAAAAGAGAUUUAUAAAUACGAGGCGCCGUGGACGAUCUAUGGCAUGAACUGGAGCGUUCGAACAGACAAGCGAUUUCGUUUGGCUCUUGGCAGUUUCGUGGAAGAAUACAAUAAUAAAGUGCAGAUUGUUAUGCUAGACGAAGAAACUGGCGAAUUCACCGUGAGAUCAACAUUUGACCACCCAUACCCAACUACGAAAAUUAUAUGGAUACCAGAUAACAAUUCAUACCCGGACUUAGUAGCAACAUCAGGAGAUUAUUUGCGAGUGUGGAGAGUUGGGGAUUCAGAUGUCAGACUUGAAUGUCUUUUAAACAAUGAGAACAAAAAUUCUGACUUCUGUGCGCCAUUAACAUCAUUUGACUGGAAUGAAGUGGACCCGAACCUCCUUGGGACAUCAAGCAUUGAUACAACCUGCACCAUCUGGGGACUUGAGACUGGACAAGUGCUAGGACGAGUAAACAUGGUUUCUGGACAUGUCAAGACCCAGCUCAUAGCUCAUGACAAAGAGGUAUAUGACAUUGCAUUUAGCAGAGCUGGUGGGGGUAGAGACAUGUUUGCCUCAGUUGGUGCUGAUGGCUCUGUCAGAAUGUUUGACUUAAGACAUCUGGAGCAUUCUACUAUAAUCUAUGAAGACCCCCAACACAGUCCACUGCUAAGACUCUCCUGGAACAAGCAGGACCCAAACUACUUGGCUACUUUCUCAUUAGACGCCAUGGAGGUAAUCAUUUUGGAUGUAAGAGUACCUUGCACACCUGUAGCAAGACUGAAUAACCAUAGGGCUUGUGUGAAUGGCAUCGCAUGGGCUCCACAUUCGUCAUGUCACAUCUGUACUGCUGGGGACGACCACCAGGCCUUAAUAUGGGAUAUUCAGCAGAUGCCCCGUGCCAUAGAGGACCCUAUUCUAGCAUACACUGCUGAUGGCGAAAUCAACCAGAUUCAGUGGGCAACAACCCAGCCUGACUGGAUAGCAAUAUGUUAUAAUAAGUCUCUAGAGAUCCUUAGAGUAUAAUAAGGUUUGCAUAGGAUGUCACUUUUAGUCAUGUUUUAAUUCUUAUCCUUCCACAACUCGACAAGAGAGUGAUGAGAUAUUUCUCAACAAUUCCUUAUCGUUUUCAGACCACCAGUGCCCGGUGCUCAAAUGUGACCUCAUAGGUACUGUUUCUAAGCAAGUGCUGAAACUAUACCAAUGAGUCAUGCUAUACUUGCCAGCCUCUGACAUCCAUCACAGUUAGACACUAAAGUUAUUGUUUUAUAAAGGAGCAUAUCGGAGUUAACCAUGAUACAUUCAUUUGGCAGCUAAAGUCAAAACAUUUCAAAUUGUUAGGAGACCAUAUGUAUUGUAUAUUUAUAGCCUCAUAGAAAGAAAUUGUAGAACACAUUGCUUAAUACAAUACAAUGUUUUCUAGGAAGGUUGAGUUGGCCCCUUUGAGUUGUUAAAAGCUGGCAUUCCAUUUUUAAAUUAUUAUUUUCAAUUAUCUGGAUUAUUCCCCAGAAAAAAAUAAUUGUAUUUUUAUGACAUCACAACAUAGUGAUAUGAGCAUGCAUGUUGAAGAUAUACCAACUGUUUAAUGAGAAUGCUCAUAUUGUUAUGCCAUUACUGGUGUGUUGUACUAUGCAGUGGCAGAUUCAGGGGUGGCCCUGAGGUUUCAAUAGAACCACAUGCUUGUGUGCUUAGUUUACCGCUGUUUUUUAGUCUAGUGGCUUCUCAAAGUGGUAGUUGUAUGAGUUACAUGACUAGAUCACUUCUUAAUCUGUCUAAAUUAUACAUAUGCAGAACAUAUAACAGUCACUAAACCUUCCAAAACAUUCUUCAAGAGUUUUAUUUUACCAUAAAAGUAAAGUUUUAUUUAUUUAUAUGAAAAAAUGUGAAACACAGUGAAACCCUGUUGAACCAAACCCUAAAUUGAAAUGUAAAGCAGCUUUAGUUUUUUUCAUGGAAAGCUUGGUUAGCAGAGUUUGAAUUAUCAGGUUUCCAUGUUAUUAAUAUUGAAAGAGUGAUAGAUGAUGGAGGAAUCUAUACGAACAUACACUUACUCAAAGGCAUCAAACUCAACAUGUUUUCACCAAAUUUAAAUAUCGACUGGCUAGCCUUUCACUUAUUUCAUUUUUAUGAACACAAGACUAGUCUGAGUGAAAAAGCAAAAGAUACUCCAAUUUGCAAGUGUAAUUCAAUUCGAUUUCAAAAAAGCAAUUUUUGCUAGCCAGAUGCUUAUUAUCUGAAAAUGCAGUGUACUUGUGUUUGUGUACUUGUAAUAAAAAUGAUUACUUUUUGUCAA